GAACGGACUAUCAACGCAACUCUCCAAUCAGACACUCCUUCAGUAACUUUACUUUGUCAAGCUCGCCAUCGAUAUGCCUGAAUAUCUCGUGCGCUUAGCGCAAAUUCAUGAGACCUUUCGCAAGGCGGAACUUCACGCUCUGGCAGAGCUCGCAGGCGUUGAGCUCGAGAUUGUCAAGUAUGAUGACGACUCACCAUACUGCAUCGUGCAUCUCCCCUCCGAUGCCGCCGCAAAGCAAGUCGCUUCUCGGGCCAUGCUCAUUCAAGGCAUUUACGAACUCUGGGGCCAAGGAUCAACUUACGACGAAUUCCGCUCCAACGUCACAGAAACUUCAUCCACCAAAUGGCCAACCUACCAAACCAGCACAUUCAGCUUCCGCAUCGAGCGCUACCGCGGCGUGCAAGCGCCCGCCGAGCAAACACGGGCUAUUAUCGAGUCCUUCCAAUUCCUCGGUUUCAAAGGGAAAGUACAAAUCAAGAACCCCGAAGCGAGUUUUCGGAUCUUCGAGGAAUACGAUCUCGAUGCUAAGGAGCCCAAGUAUCUCUACCUUGGCCGCUGGAUUGCUGAUUCCGGGAGAGAUGCGAAGAACACGUACGACCUCAAGAAACGGCACUACAUCAGCACGACAUCCAUGGACGCCGAGCUCGCGCUGCUGACUGCUAACAUCGCACAAGCUGCGCCGGGCAAGAUCUUUUAUGAUCCGUUCAUGGGCACCGGCGGUUUCCCGUUGGCGUGUGCGCAUUAUGGUGCCGUGGUCACGGGGAGCGAUAUCGAUGGGAGGAGUAUUAGGGGGCUGGGCGGGAGCGCGAGGAGGGGGCAGACGGGGAAGAAGAAUGUUGAGAUGAAUUUCCAGCAGUAUGGGCUUGAGGGGAAUUACUUGGGGGGGUUCGUGAGCGAUUUGACGAAUACGCCGCUGCGUCUCCCUAGCAGCCACGGAGUGACGACAGAAACGGACUUUGCGUAUCUGGACGGCAUAGUAUGCGACCCGCCCUACGGCAUCCGUGAAGGUCUCAAAGUCCUCGGCAGCCGCGAGACGCUCCUCCCCACCGAGCGCGCAACGCACGCCGCUCAGUAUCGUACCGAGGGCUACAUCCCACCGAAGCGGCCGUACUCUUUCACCGCUCUGCUCGACGACAUCCUCACCUUCGCCGUCUCAACGCUUGUCCCCAACGGUCGACUGUCCAUGUGGAUGCCGACCGCGAACGACGAGGACGUUGAACUCAUCAUUCCUCAACACCCUUGUCUCGAGCUGACAUCCGUCUGUGUGCAGGCGUUUAACAAGUGGUCGCGAAGACUGCUCACAUACCGGCGGAAAAGGGCGAGUGAGAUCCCGGAAGGGGCGUUGGAAGAGAUGGCGAAGAGAGCGUACGAAACAGGCACACGGGCGAGCGAUCUGAAUGAUUUCAGGCGGAAGUAUUUUCAGGGGUUCCGCGAGUUUGAGGACAUGAAGAAGGAGUUUAUAAGAAUGAAGGUGGGAGCCGGGGUGAAGCAGGAGGAGGCGAGAGCGGAAGCAGACCAGAUCCAAGAGGCCAAAGUGUCCGCCGCGGAGAAGGCUGAGCUUGCGAAGAAGGAGGUGGAAGCGAGAACGAAGGAUGCGGAAGCUGCUGCUGUCAAGGCUGAGGAGCUUAAUGAGCGGUUUAACGCCGAGGCAAGGACAUGA